AUGAGCACCGACAGAAGACGUCUCACAGGUCCCAGCGACGUCAAAACGCCCCUUAGAGGUAUCUCCCUGGGAGCAAGCACAUUACCCAAAAAAUUCAGCCCUCCAGACUCCUCCCCCCGCAAGUUCUUUGUCAAAUCAGGACUCACGAAAAACGCCAAUGGCCUGGCAUAUCUCGAGGCGGGAACGACCAUCGUCGAAGUGGGUGUCUACGGUCCUCGUCCGAUCCGUGGCUCCUUCAUCGACAGAGCGUCUUUUUCCGUCGAGUGCAAGUUUCUUCCGUACUUGACACAACCUAACGAGGUUAUCUUCAACGGCAGCGAUAAGCGAAACGCCAGAACGUCCCUAACACAUAUCGAGCACAGAAUUAGCAAGUACGUGGAAACGGCGUUCUUGCCGUCGAUCUGCCUUGAAAAAUACCCCAAGUCGGCCAUCGAUAUUUAUGUGAAUGUGAUUGCCUUCGAUGCUCAGACACAGACGUUGUCCAACUUAGUAGCGUGGGUGGUCAAUUGCACGGCGUUGGCGUUGGUGGAUUCGGCCAUAGAAGUCAAGGAUUUGGUGACAGGCGGGCAUGCACGAAUGGAGCACGACGGCGAAGUCAAGAUGGAUGCGGUCGUGGACAGUGGAGACGAAACGGUGGAAGGAACAGAGUGUGUGGCGAGUUUCAUGAAGAUGCACGAGAACCAGAUGGUGGCGAUUUGGGUGGAGAGCAAUGGUUCACUCGAGGUGGAUGAGCAGGGGUUGGAGAAGUUGAUGAACGGCUGUGACACGAUGGCCACAGAGGUCAGGAAGAACCUCAACGGUUACUUGUUGCUGGUGGCCAAUGGAAAUGAAUGA